AUGGCGACUGGGUUCGACAGCGCUCAUGCGAAGAAGAAGAAGUUCGCGAUUCUGACCGUGUCUUCCGUACUUCUCGUGGCGAUGGUUGCGGCGGUGGCCGUCGGCAUAAGAGACGGCGUCGAGAUCGUGGAGGAAGAAAUAGGCGGCGGCGGCGAAGGCGAAGGCAUCGUGAAAUCUCAGAGGAGCGUGCAAAUGAUAUGCCAAUCCGCCGAAUACAAACAAACCUGCCAGAAGAGUCUCGCCAAGGCCAACGAAACCACUGACCUUAAGCAGCUCAUCAUUACCGCCUUCAACGCCACGGCCGAGGAGCUCCGCAACAAAAUAAAAAACUCAACGCUCUACCACGAGUUGGCCACCGACAACAUGACCAAACAGGCCAUGGACAUCUGCCAUGAAGUACUGGGUUACGCUGUGGAUGAUAUAAACCAAUCCUCUGUCACGUUGGAGAAGUUUGACCUUAGCAAGCUGAACGAUUACGUCUAUGACCUCAAGGUUUGGAUCUCCGGCACCCUUGCCCACCAGCAAACAUGCUUGGACGGGUUCGAGAACUCGACCACCGAGGCUGGGAAGACCAUGACUAAGGUUCUGAGCACGUCGUUAGAGCUGAGCAACAACGCGUUGGACAUAGUGAACGGUGUCUCGGCCCUCUUCAAGGGUCUUAACUUUACCUCGUUCACCUCCACCACCGACACCCACGCCAACCACCACGCCCCCGCCUCCGCCCCCGCCCACGCCCCCGUCCACGCCCCCGCCGACGCUCCCACCACCGAAAACUCCCCCGCCUCCGCCCCCGCCAACAACAGGAAGCUUCUCUCGGAAGAGCCUUUGGUGGAUGGGUUUCCAUCGUGGUUGAGUGAAAGGGAGAGAAAGAUUCUUGAGGCUGCUGAACCCAAACCGGACGUGGUGGUGGCUCAGGAUGGGAGUGGCCAGGUGAAGACAAUCCACGAGGCUCUGAAAAUGGUACCUAAGAAGAACAAGAAGACUUUUGUGAUUUACAUCAAGGCCGGUAUCUAUAGGGAGUAUGUUAACUUGAACAAGCACAUGUCCUUUGUCACCAUGAUCGGAGAUGGCCCCACCCUCACCAGAAUCACAGGCAAUAAAAACUACGUCGAUGGCAUCCAAACCUACAACACAGCAACCGUCGGUGUGAACGCUGAACACUUCAUGGCCAAGAACAUUGGGUUCGAGAACACGGCUGGACCAGAGAAGCACCAAGCGGUGGCUCUGAGGGUAACGGCGGACAAGGCGGUGUUCUUCAACUGCCACAUGGAUGGCUACCAAGACACCCUCUAUACCCAGUCCAAGCGCCAGUUCUACCGUGACUGCACCGUCAGUGGAACCAUCGACUUCGUCUUCGGCGACGCCAUCGCCAUCUUCCAGAACUGCAGGUUCAUCGUGAGGAAGCCAAUGUCGACCCAGCAGUGCAUGGUCACCGCCGGAGGAAGGACCAAGAUCGACAGCCCCAGCGCCCUGGUGUUCCAGAGCUGCAUCUUCACCGGCGAACCCGACCUAGUUGCCGUGACCCCCAAGAUCUCGUAUCUCGGAAGACCCUGGAAGAUUUACUCCAAGGUGGUCAUCAUGGACUCCCAAAUCGAUGACAUCUUCGUCCCCGAAGGAUACAUGCCCUGGAUGGGAACCGCCUUCAAAGAUACCAGCACCUACUACGAGUUCAACAACAAGGGUCCUGGUGCCGACACCGCCGGAAGAAUCACGUGGCCAGGUUUUAAGGUCAUUAACCCUAGCGAGGCUGCCGAGUACUACCCUGGCAAGUUCUAUGAGAUCGCAAACUCCACUGAGCGUGACGCUUGGAUCCUUAAUUCUGGUGUACCAUACUCCCUCGGCCCACUUCAGCCACCAACCGCUAUGCCCGCAGCUUAA